UUUCUUUCCCCCAACAAAAUCUGUACACUCCACAACAAAAUUCUUUCUAAAGAUAAGCGUUUUACUUUUUGUAAGGAAAAAGUACCAUAGGUACUUGCCUACAGUUAAAAUGGAUCUUGGUUUAGAAUUUGACGAUGAAGAUUUUGAAUCGAAGAAAGAGAAUGAAAAUGACAAGAAGAAAUCAUACAAUGCAAAAGUUUGUAAUGAAUUUUGGUACAAAACUGCAACACCAGAACCAGAAAAUGCUGGCAUUGUUUACAAAUUCAGGGGGGAUAAUAUGUACCAUCAGAAACAGUACACAGAGGCGAUAGACUCAUACAAAGAAGGACUAGAUAGCUUACCUGCGAACAAUAAAACAUUAAGACAAGACAUUAUGGAAUGUUUGGCAAGAUGUUAUCUUCAUACAGAGAAAUAUGCAGAAGCUUUAGAUAUAGCUCAACAAUUGGUAUCUGAUGCCAAAUCUCCUGAUCAAAUCAUGCAAACAAAUUUACUAUUAAGUCAAAUACAGGUCAAGAUGCAAGAUACUGAAGGAUUAGAAGAAAGUUUGAAGCACUUGCUGACAAUGCAUCCAUUUACCUACAGUUUAUGGAUAAAAUUAGGUCACUGCUACCUAACUAAGAUUGAACAAAAUAAUCACAACUCAGAAUAUCUCAGGAUGAAAAGAUUGUCAUGUAUUAUCAGAGCCAGGUUGCUACUGAUAAAUAUAAUAAGAAAUUCUAGUUCAUUCUUCAAAGCCAAACUGACCAACAUACUGAAGGAGACAGAAAAGCAGCAAGCCGAAUUUGAUGUACCUGAUCAUAUUAUUUCAACAGCUUCCAAGUACUUGAAAGAAGAUUUAUGUCAAAAUCAGGAUGAAGAGGAUGAAAGUGAUGAAAGUCAAACAGGGGACAAAGAUAAACCAGUUUUGAUUAUGAAAGAUGAUGUUAGUUUUGAUCAGAGAUGGUUUUCCUGGAUACAGAAAGAAGGAUUAUCUUAAUAAGUUAACAAUGCAAAUUAAAUUGAAAAAAAAAUUG